AUGGGUCGUAGAAGUCCUAACCAACGUGUUAUAAUAACAAAAAAAUAUAAGGCAAUGUUUGGAAAAGAAUUAACUUCUAAGUUUGAAUCUGAAUUAAGUGGACACUUUUAUGAAUGUAUGCUAGCAUUAUGUCGAUCUCCAUCGGAAUUAGAUGCAAUAGAACUACGUAAAGCAAUGCGUGGUACUGAUAAGGAGAUACGUGAAGCUUAUACAAGACUUUACAAAGGUCGUUCCCUCGAGAAAGAUUUAAAAGAUGAAACAUCUGGAUAUUUCAAACGUAUCUUAGUAGCAUUAGUACAAGGGGAUAGAGAUGAAAGUCAAAAUGUUGAUGAGUGUCGAGCACGUAGAGAUGCAGAAGAAUUAUAUAAAGCUGGAGAGCAAAGAUGGGGAACAGAUGAAUCAAAAUUUAUCCAAAUCAUCUGUCAUCGAUCUUAUGCUCACUUACGUUCAGUUUUUCAGCACUAUUCAACACUUGGUAGAAGAGAUAUUGAAAGCGCUUUAAAAUCGGAAAUGAGUGGAGAUUUACUUCGAGCUAUGCUUACUGUUGUGAAAUGUGUUAUAAAUAAACAGAAAUAUUUUGCUGAAAGAUUAAAAGCUUCCAUGAAAGGUGCUGGGACAGCUGAUUCAACAUUGAUACGUAUAGUUGUUGGACGUUCUGGUAUUGAUAUGGGUCGUAUUAAAAAAGAAUUUAUUAGUUUAACAGGAAAAAGUCUUGAGUCAUGGAUAGCUGAUGAUACCAGUGGAGAUUAUCGACGUAUAUUAUUAAAACUUGUUAGUGAAUAA